AGUGAGCAGCUGCCAGCACAAAGGGGCAGGAACAACAAAUGAGACAGGUGAAUAAGAAGCUCCCUGCAGCCAAUCAGAGGGCAGGAUUCUGGAGCAAAAACUGACCUGAGAGGACGAGAUGAAGGAACCAAUCCCAAAGCUCAUACAGCCCAUCAGCUGACUGCACCUGAAGAGAGAAACAACCAAUCAGCUGACUGCUCUGUCUCUGGUGGUUUUAAUGACAUAAAUCUAAAUCACUUGGGUGUGAACAUGGACAGGUGUGUUUAUUGUGAUGUCAUCACUGACCUGCUGUCACCUGAUAUCCUGAAAACUGAAACCAACAACCUGCUGAGGAGGAGCUUGUCCCAGAUAAACCUGAGACACAACGUUAAAACAACGUUAAAACAACAUUAAAACAAUGCUAAAACUUUUACACAAUGUUAAAACGUUAACCCAAGGUUAAAACAACAUUAAAACAAUGUUAUCACAAGGUUAAAACAUUAAAACAAUAUUAAAACAACUUAAGACAAUGUUAAAACAUUUACAAAAUGUUAAAACGUUAACACAACGUCAACAACGUUAAAUCAACGUUAACACAACGUUAAAACAAUGUUAAAAGAACAUUAAAACAACGUUAAAACACUAACACAUUGAAACAACGUUAGAUCAACAUUAAAACAAUGUUAGCACAACGUUACAACAACACUAACACAACGUUAAAACAGCGUUAAAACAACAUUAGCACCAUGUUAAAAUAAUGUUAGCACAACGUUAAAACCCUAACAACAUUAAAACAGCGCUAAAACAAUGUUAGCAUGUUAAAACAAUGCUAACAGAAUGUUAAAACGUUAAAACAUUAACACAAUGUUAAACCAUUAAAACAACACUGUUAAAACAAUGUUAAAACAAUAUUAAAACAAUGAUAAAACAACGUUAACACAAUGUUACAAUGUUAACACAAUGUUAACACAACUUUAGCACAAUAUUAAAACAAUGUUAACCCGUUAAAACAACUUCAACACGUUAAAACAACGUUAAAACAAUGUUAAAAUGUUAAAACGUUAACACACGUUAAAUGUUAAAACAACAUUCACACAAUGUUAAAAUGCUAAAAUAACGUUAACACAAUGUUAAAAAAGAACAUUAGCACGUUAAAAUGUUAACACAAUGUUAACAUUAAAAACGUUAAAACAACAUUCUAUCGGCGUUCUCUCUGCGUUCUAUCACUGUUCUAUCAGCAUUCUAUCAGUAUUCUAUCGUUCUAUCAAUCUUCUAUCAGUAUUCUAUCAGCGUUCUAUCAGCGUUCUAUCAGUAUUCUAUCAGCAUUCUAUCAGCAUUCUAUCAAUCUUCUAUCAGUAUUCUAUCAGCGUUUUAUCACUGUUCUAUCAACGUUCUAUCAAUCUUCUAUCAGUAUUCUAUCGGCAUUGUCUUAGCGUUCUUUCAGCGUUCUAUCACUGUUCUAUCAGCGUUCUAUCAGUGUUCUUACAGUGUGACGUGCCGUCUGUACUCAGGGUUACUGCUGUUUGGAACAGUCUUGGUUCUCAUGGUGAUGCUGUGAUGUCGCCUGGAGGCCACGCCCACCUGUGAGCACACAGACACACAAACCUGUAACAGGUGAAACAGCAGCUGUCAAUCAACGUGAUGACAUCACACCCUCACCUUCACAUACGAGUCACAUGACCCUAAAAAUUUUCCCAUCAGGCCUCUGGCCUCGUGGACUGCAGAGAAAAGACACAACACUUGAAGUGAUGUCAUCACUGAACAACCAAUCACCUGCAGCUUGGCUCACAACUGGACUUUAAGAAGGUUCCUUGAAGACGUUUCACCUCUCAUCCAAGAGGCUUCUUCAGUUCUGGUGGUGGUUGAUGUUGCCUCAGCUUCUAACCUCUGUGAGGUGUGGUCAGUGUUAUUCACAUUCUGACGACCAUUGCCAAGGCCCACCUUGCUCCUCAACGAUGGUCGUUGGGAGCCAGGGAGUGACAAAGGGGGUCGUUGAAAUGCGAGUUUCACCGAGCCCUCGUAUGCUAAUGGUGGUCGUUAGCAUGAGCCACCUCAGGUGAGGUGGCGCAUGCUGCUCCAUCGUUGAGGAGGGUUAGGGGAGGAGGGUUGUGCACCAGUGCACAAAGCAAGGUCCAUAAAGACAUGGAUGACAGAGUCUGGUGUGGAUGAACUUGACUGGCCUGCACAGAGUCCUGACUUCAACCCUACAGAACACCUUUGGGAUGAAUUAGAGCAGAGACUGAGAACCAGACCUUCUCGUCCAACAUCAGUGUGUGACCUCACAAAUGUGCUUCUGGAAGAAUGGUCAAAAAUUCCCAUAAACACACUCCUAAACCUUGUGGACAGCCUUCCCAGAAGAGUUGAAGCUGUUCUAGCUGCAAAGGGUGGACCCACGUCAUAUUGAACCCUAUGGAUUAGGAAUGGGAUGUCACUUACGUUCAUAUGCGAGUCAAGGCAGGUGAGCGAAUAUAUGUGCAGGCCAGUCAAUACAUGUAUAUACACACACACACACACACACACGUGUGUGUGUGUGUGUGUGUGUGUGCGUGUGUGUGUGUGUGUGUGCGUGUGUGUAUAUCUAUAUACAUGUAUUCAUACCUGGGAUCCACCAUCAGCGUUAACCUGUCCCUUGAUGUAGAGAUCAACAAGCGUAUUGGCAAGGCUGCCACAACCCUGAGACGCCUCACCAUCCGCGUCUGGGAGAACCCAAAGCUGACAACUCCAACCAAGAUGGCAGUGUACAAUGCCUGCAUCAUCAGCACUCUUCUCUACGGUAGCGAAACAUGGACAACAUACUCCAAGCAGGAGCGCAAACUGAACAGUUUCCACAUGCGCUGCCUGCAUCCAUUGGAAAGACAAGGUGCCCAAUGCCCAGGUCUUCGAAUGCGCUGGUCUCCCCACCAUGUUCAUGCUGCUCAGACAACACAGGCUGCGAUGGCUUGGCCACAUGCAUCGGAUGGAAGAUGGUAGAAUACCCAAGGACAUCCUUUACGGCGAACACGCCUCUGGCAAGAGAAUUGUUGGCCAGCUUAACUGCGCUUCAAAGACGUCUGCAAGCAUGACAUGAAAGCCCUGGACAUCAGCACAGAUUGCUGGGAGGAUGCAGCAGCUGACCGCAGCAGAUGGUGCAGCAUCCUCCGCAAACAGCUGAAGUCCGGAGAAGAAAAGAUCCGGACCACAGCUAACGAAAAGAGAGCCAAGCGAAAGGCGCGCACUCCCAGAGCCACCUCAACCUGCCACACCUGCAGCCAAUGCAGUUGAGACUGCCACUCCCACACUGGACUCAUCAGUCACAGCCGCCGCUGUUGCUGAGGCAAAAUCUGACUUUCUUUAAGCUGGCGCAAUUUCCAUGGUUGACUUCGACUGAUGGAGGCGUACUACUACUAUACAUGUGUUGUUAGUUCGGGUUCUCCAAUUUCCUCCCACAGUUCAAAGACAUGUUGAGGUUAAUUGAUGAUUCUAAAUUGUCUGUACCUCGACUGUUACCUGUCCAGGUGAACCUUCACCCUCAGUCAGCUGGGAUAGACUCCGCCCCCCACGACCCUAAGAGCAUGCAGCGGUGUGUAGAUGAUGGAUGUAUUUCUCAUUAGAGCACAAAUUUAAAGGGUUUUUACAGGUUGUUUUCUAUUUUUUCAGCUACAAACAUCAAUGUGCUUCUGUUUUGAGGCUUUUGUUUUGAAAGGCUGUAUCCGGUGGAAGUGUUGUUGAGGUGAACUUCAGUGUGAAGUCACUUCCUGUCGCACUCAGCAGGUCCACAUGUGUUUGUCAUUAAUGGGGGGGGGUUCCACGACAACAACCCAAAUUCCCUCUGAGUUCUGUGUCUGUGUGUGUGUCUGUGUCUGUGUGAGUGUGGGUGUGUGUGUGUGUGUGUGUGUGUGUGUGAAGAUUUCCUUCUCAUUAGCCACAUAACAUGCUAACACUAAGGAUUCUCCAAUUGCUAAUGUUAGCCAUGUUAGUAUGCUAACUAUAAGGAUUUUCCCGCCGUUGUGGCUAAUGCUACCAUUAGCCACACGAUGCACUAAGAAUUUUGUUACUGUUGUGGCUGGUGCUAACAUUAGCCACAUUAGCCACAAAAUGCGGUAAGACUGACAUUUUUUCUAUUGUGUGGCUAAUGUUACCACUAAGGAUUUUGUAUUUGUUGUGGCUAGUGCUACUGUGAGCCACAUUAGCCUACAGCAUGCUAACACCAUCAGUUCUCUGGGUGUUCCAGCAGAACAUCUGGUCUGUUUUAGAGUUUAGCAGAAGCAGCUGUUGGAAGUAUAUAAACCUGGUGAUGCUCAUUCUGAUUGGUCCAUCUGGAAGCAGUGAGGGGGCGGAGUUAUACAAAGCUGGCUGGCUAUUGGUUAGCUAACUGUGAGGUAGCACCUGGAAGGAUUCUUACUGGUUUGUAAGCCUAACAGCUAACUAGCUGUGGGGGCUAAAGAAUUAAACGUCUUCAUAUCUGAACGGAUUUUAUUUUAUUUUAGGUUCCACGUGUUCUCUACAGGUUAGUACAUAGUUCUGAUGGUUCCACAUGUUCUCUACAGGUUAGUAAAUAGUUCUGAUGGCUCCACAUGUUCUCUACAGGUUAGUAAAUAGUUCUGAUGGUUCCACGUGUUCUCUACAGGUUAAUAAAAUAGUUCUGAUGGUUCCACAUGUUCUCUACAGGUUAGUAAAUAGUUCUGAUGGCUCCACGUGUUCUCUACAGGUUAGUAAAUAGUUCUGAUGGUUCCACGUGUCCUCUACAGGUUAGUAAAAUAGUUCUGAUGGUUCCACAUGUUCUCUACAGGUUAGUAAAUAGUUCUGAUGGCUCCACAUGUUCUCUACAGGUUAGUAAAUAGUUCUGAUGGUUCCACGUGUCCUCUACAGGUUAGUAAAAUAGUUCUGAUGGUUCCACGUGUUCUCUACAGGUUAAUAAAACAGUUCUGCUGGUUCCACAUGUUCUCUACAGGUCAGUAAAUAGUUCUGAUGGUUCCACGUGUUCUCUACAGGUUAAUAAAAUUGUUCUGAUGGUUCCAUGUGUUCUCUACAGGUUAAUAAAAUAGUUCUGAUGGUUCCACGUGUUCUCUACAGGUUAGUAAAUAGUUCUGAUGGUUCCACAUGUUCUCUACAAGUUAGUAAAAUUGUUCUGAUGGUUCCACGUGUUCUCUACAGGUUAAUAAAAUAGUUCUGAUGGUUCCACGUGUUCUCUACAGGUUAGUAAAUAGUUCUGAUGGUUCCACGUGUUCUCUACAGGUUAGUAAAUAGUUCUGAUGGUUCCACGUGUUCUCUACAGGUUAAUAAAAUAGUUCUGAUGGUUCCACAUGUUCUCUACAGGUUAGUAAAUAGUUCUGAUGGCUCCACGUGUUCUCUACAGGUUAGUAAAUAGUUCUGAUGGUUCCACGUGUUCUCUACAGGUUAGUAAAUAGUUCUGAUGGUUCCACAUGUUCUCUACAGGUUAGUAAAUAGUGGAACUGUUAAAGUAAACAAACCUGCUUUAAACCAAUCAGAUUAUCACAGCUCCUCCCCCUCCUCCCCCACACCAGAUGGUCUCUAAGGUUCUGUGACGAUCUGAACACGCCACACAUCUUCAAGCACACAGACAAGAAAGUUUAUUUUAAUGUGAUUCUUUUCACCAGAAGCCUGAAGACAGUCAGGAUGAUGCUGAAUGACCGGUGGACCAUCAUGAACAACAGCAGCUCUGAGCUCGACAGCAAGCGACCCCCUAAACACAAGAGGUGCUGCAGCGUCCUGUUAUGGUCUGUCGUCACGCUGGUCGUCAUAGCAGCCGUUGUCAUGGCAACCAUCACCAUCCUGUACCUGAACCAGUAUCCUCUACCCUUCAUCAGCAGGGGCGGAGUCUCUUCACCUGUGAUUUCGACCAAUCCCAAAGACUCCGGUGCCCUGGUGACGGUCUCGCGUGUCAUGGACGGAGAACCAAUCAGCAUCUUUCUGGACCCGAACUGUCCGGACUUCAGCGAGCACUUUGUCCGCUGGGAGGCGCUGCAAAGCUCGCUGCUGAGGACGCUGUCCAAUCACAACACAGACUGGCAGGAGAGGGGACUGCUGCAGAAGCUGGGCGAGGAGCUGAAGGGGUUAGCAGGCCACGCCCACAACCUGAGGCUGGAAGCUGAUACGCUGAAAAGAGGUCAGGGUGUUCUGAACCAACGGCUGGAUGGACUGCAGAGCGAGCAGAGCCGCAUCAUCCAGGUGUUAUCUGACAGCCACGCAGGUGUGAUGAAGCUGACAGCAGGUUUCAGUGAUUCUCUGUUCAGCCUGCAGAGGGAGAUGGAGAGUCUGAGGAGGCUGAAGAGUGAGCUGAGCAGAGAGAGCACGCUCACAGCUCUCAGACCCAGAGACUGCAGCGAUGUCCAGGCGUCUGGCGUCUCGCAGGACGGAGUUUAUUCAGUGUUUCCAACCCACGACCCCAACGGCUUCAUGGUUUACUGCGACAUGAGCACCGACAGAGGAGGGUGGACGGUGUUCCAGAGAAGGGAGGACGGAUCAGUGAACUUCUUCAGAGGAUGGGACGCCUACAGAGACGGCUUCGGGACGACCACCGGAGAACACUGGCUAGGUCUUCAGAGGAUCUACUCGUUGACCAGGUCUGGGGUCUAUGAGUUGCGUAUUGACAUGUCAGACUUCGAUAACGCCACAGCGUUCGCUCAUUACUCCCAGUUCUCUGUUGGCCGAGACUCAGUGAACCCUGAAGAGGACGGAUACCCGCUGGAGGUGGACGGGUACUCUGGGACAGCAGGUGACUCCCUUCUGAAGCACUCUGGGAUGCAGUUCACCACCAAAGACCGGGACCAGGACCAGUCGGAGAACAACUGCGCGGCGUACUACCAGGGGGCGUGGUGGUACCGGAAUUGCCACACCUCCAACCUGAAUGGCCAGUACCUGAGGGGAGGCCACGCCUCCUACGCUGAUGGAGUGGAGUGGUCCAGCUGGACGGGCUGGCAGUACUCGCUGAGGUUCACCGAGAUGAAGUUCCGACCCAGUACCAGACCCAAGUCCUGAACAUAUGACCCCGCCCCUAACCUAUAACCCCGCCCCUGACCUCUGACUCCGCACAUAAACAUAACCCAUCCCUGACCCAUAACCCAGCCCAUAAACUAUAUAUAUCCCGCCCUGACCCAUAACCCCGCCCCUGACCUCUGACUCACCCAUAAACCACAGCCCGCCCCUGACUCCGCCCCAUGGAGAACUUAAGAUAAGGAGAGCUGUUUUAUAAAAUGAUGCGAAGAUGUUGAGUUGUUCCUGCUGAGGUAUUCUGAUCAAUAAAGUUUGAUACUGAUGACUGAC